GUGUCUAAAUAGACAAAUUAGACCUGACAUCCCCUUCUCAAAUCUAGUUCAGUGCAGAAUUCAGUGUAUUAUCCACAAUGACAAGCUGCCCAGGUAUUGGAGAAGUGACACAGCUCCAAACCAUCACACCUCGCGACUGACAGCUGGAAUGAGGUUGAAAAGCAGGGCAUGGUUUUCACCAGAAAUAAUGUGUUCUUGUUGAGGCCAAAAAAAUUCUCCCUCUGACUCAUCAGUCCAGAGGACAUGGUUCCAGAUGUCUUGUGGAUGAUCAGUGUGCACUUUGGCAAACUUACCAGGCUGCAAUGUUCCUUUUGGAUAGCAGUGGUUUUCUGCUUAUUACCCUUACAUGAAAGCUGCUCUUCUUAUUCUUGGGUGUUUUUUUUGAGGUGUGAAUGCUCACAUUAUCCAACUUGACAGUGGCUUUAAGACCCUUACUGUGGUUUUUUUUUUUUUUUUAAAUGUUUUUCCUUAAGAUUUGUUCCUUCAAGGGGUUUUGAUCAGACAUCCACGCCUGUGUAGGACUGAACUGAGUGGAAGUGAAAAAAAGCCACGUGACCUCAUGAGCAGCAUCCAGAGGGCUUGAGUUAUAUGACACAGAUGGCAGCAAUGGCAGCAGCACUGGUGGUGAUGGCCAUGAUGCCAACUGGAAGAGUUCAAGGGAACCCCUUUAUUGGUGUGAGCUGUGUCGUCGUGAAUCUGGAGUACACAGACUGCACCUGGAACCAGAUCCGGAGCCCAGAGGCCAACUACACCUUCCAGAGCAGACUGGGAUCCAAUGGCUCCUACAGCAACUGUCCCAGGUACCUGCUGAAGGAGGGAGAAAGAGUCGGCUGUCGGCUGUCAUACAGAUUGCUGGACAAGUUCAGGACACUGCACGUUCGACUGUCACACGACAACGUCACCCAACGGGAAUGGGCUGUCAGUCUGCUACAACUGGUUAAACUAAAUCCUCCUCGCAAUCUGUCGGUGGAGAUAAACGCUCAGAAUCAGGAACUGUGGCUGUACUGGAACCACAGCAUGAAGGAAAACUGUCGGGAGAAUCAGGUGACCUACAGGAAGAGCUCUGAGUCGGCUUGGCAGUUCAGCACUCAUUUUCCUGCCAACUACUACAGCUUGCCCCAGGUGUCCCUGAAGUCUCAGUAUGAGUUGAAAGUGAGGACACGAGUGUCCAACAGUUGUGGAGAGUCCAAGUUCUGGAGUGACUGGAGCUCACCUGUGUUCUGCUGUCCAGCCGAGCAGCGCAGUGUAACAGCGAGGAGCCCCAACCCGCAGCCCCUUGUUUUCCUCCUGGGGGCGGCUCUGUUGUGGCACCGCUGGUUGAUCUCUCCAACUGACAGCACCUUGAUCACAUUUUGAAUGGCAGCGCUAAGCAUGUA